ACCCGGUGGACGUGUUGCGGGCUCUGCAGGUUCCCUCGCUCCCUGAGGGCGUGAAGAAAGUCCCCGGCUUCUGCACAUCCCGUCGCUCCGGCAGCCCCGACCAUGCUUACCGCAUCACCAAGAAGGCCCAGAUCUCUGCCCCCACCAAGCAGCUCUUCUCAGGUCGUUUCCCGGAGAACUUCUCCAUCAUGGCUCUGGUUAAGGCCCAGUCUGGUCUCCAGGCCUUCCUCCUCUCCAUCUACAGCGAGCAGGGCAUCCAGCAGCUCGGCAUCGAACUGGGACGCUCGCCUGUUUUCCUGUAUGAGGACCAGAACGGCAAACCGGCCCCCGAGGACUACCCACUGUUCAGAGGCGUCAACCUGGCUGAUGGCAAGUGGCAUCGCAUCGCUAUCUCUGUUUCCAAGAAAAACGUGACUCUGCUGCUGGACUGCAAGAAGAAGAUGACCCGCGCUCUGCCCCGAGGCAACAACGCAGAGGUGGACACCAACGGCAUCACAGUGUUUGGAGCCCGUCUGCUGGAUGAGGAGGUUUUCCAGGGAGACAUCCAGCAACUGCUGAUCGCCUCCAACCCCCAGGCUGCCUACGACUUCUGUGAGCACUACAGCCCUGACUGUGACUCCCCUCUGCCCAAGACCCAGGCUCAGGACCCCAACACAUACAAGAAGGCGCUCAAUGGAAAAGCAGCCCCCACUAAAACCGCCCCUGUCAAAGCCAAACCCACCCCGAAGACGGCCAAGACUGGAUCAUUCAAGCUUGUGGUUAAACCACCUAUGCCCACUAAAGCUUCCAAGUCCGCCACAGCCAAAUCAACCAAAGCAAAGCCCACUGCAGUAGAGAUCCUCUUGUCUAAGAUCAAACCAACCGCAGCAGCUAAAUCUAAGCCCACGGCCGCCCCGGCUAAGAACGGUAAAGCAGCUGCUGAGAAGAAGGCCAGUGGUGCAGCCAAAGCCAAUGGCAAUGGAAAACCAGCUGUAGCAAAGGCUAAUGGCAAUGGCAAAGCUGUAGCCGCCGAAGCUAAACCUACAGCUCAGGCCAAGGUGAAUGGCAACGGAAAUGGCAAGGUUGUAACAGAGAAGAAAACCAAUGGUAAUGGAAAAUCAUCUGCAGAAAAGAAAGUCAAUGGAAAUGGAAAGGUUACUGUUGUGUCCAAGGUUAACGGCAAAGCUACGGCAGAGAAAAAAGCCAAUGGAAAUGGCAAAACUACCAUUGAAGUUAAAGAGGUUAAAGUCCAAGUUAAUGGCAAAGCUGAGAACAAAGUCAAUGGUGAGGCGAAGGCUAACGGCAACGGAAAAGUUAUCACUGUGGUAGAAAAGAAGGUCGUGAGUAACGGUGCUGCAAACCAGGCAAAAACUGAAACCACUACAAAGGCAAAGACUGAGAAAGUUGUUAAAGUAGAAAAAAUAGAGAAGACUGUGGUCAGUGCAGCUAAAUCAGCCGCUAAAGUCGAAGCCGCCAAAGCACCGAAACCCACAAAAGCAUCAAAACCUGAACCUACAAAAGCAGCAAAGGUUGUGGCGACCAAAGCUCAAGCAGCAAAGACCCAAGUGAAUGCCGAGGUCAAGGAGGUCACCAAAGUUAAAACUGUGGUCACCAAGGUCCCUCUGGUCAAAUCAACCGCUAGCACGAGCAAAGUGGUGAAGAAUGUGGUGGAAAAGGUUUCCAUCUCAAAGAAGGUGGCCAUGACACCCACCCCGGUCCGGCCCACUCCCCCCAGGCCCGCGAAAUCCAAGGUGGUGUUGGACAUCAAUGUCAAAUCCCAGCACAAACCCUUCCCACCCUUUGGCAAGACAGCGCUGAGUGGAACCGUCGUCCCAGCGAAGAAAAUUACCAACGGUUAUCAACAGGAUGUAGACACUGAAUAUUCCGAGGCUGGCCACACCGCUACAGAGACUGAUUAUUACUAUGAGGAGAUGGUCCCACAGCCAGAGGGUGAGGUGACUGGACAUGAAGAGAUCCCUGUGCAGCCCCAGGUGGAGUCGACGUUGGUGGGAGAGGAGGUGGAAGCCACCAAGGCAGGCGGUGCGGGCGAAGACGUCUUCACUGAGGAGUAUGUGACUGGGGACGUGGGCCUUAAGGAAUACGACUAUUCCUACAGGGACUACAAUGAGCCGUUAGCGGAGACUGAAGAAGUCGAUGCCAACAUGGGCCCCGCCCUGUCCGCUGUGACAGACGAGGGAGGCGCCGCUGUCAGAGGCCAUAAAGGAGAGAAAGGAGAACCCGCUGUCUUGGAGCCUGGUAUGCUGAUUGAAGGACCUCCAGGACCUGAGGGACCUGCUGGUCCGACCGGCCCCCCCGGCUCCUCUGGACCCCCCGGCUCUGUUGGCGACCCUGGCGAGAGGGGCGUUCCUGGUAGAGCUGGUCUGCCUGGAGCUGACGGAGUCCCAGGACCUCCUGGAACCUCUGUCAUGUUGCCUUUCCGUUUUGGUCAGAGCGGAGGAGAUAAGGGUCCCGUUGUUUCUGCACAGGAGGCUCAGGCAGCGGCCAUCUUGUCUCAGGCCAGGAUGGCUCUGAAAGGACCAUCUGGACCAAUGGGAUUCACUGGACGCCCCGGACCCCUGGGGAAUCCUGGGAGUCCUGGCCUGAAGGGAGAGAGUGGAGACCCUGGUCCUCAGGGCCCCAGGGGACCACAUGGUUUGAUGGGACCUCCAGGCAAACCAGGAAGAAGAGGUCGGGCCGGAGCUGAUGGUGCCAGAGGAAUGCCCGGAGAGCUUGGUUCUAAGGGUGACCGUGGCUUCGAUGGUCUUCCUGGUUUGCCCGGUGACAAAGGACACAGGGGUGACACAGGAUCCAUGGGACCCGCAGGAUCUCAAGGGGAGGACGGAGAGAGGGGAGACGACGGAGAAGUCGGACCCAGGGGUCUCCCAGGUGAACCAGGACCUCGUGGUUUGCUCGGACCCAAAGGUCCUCCUGGAAUCUCUGGGCCUCCUGGUGUGCGAGGAAACGACGGGCCCCAUGGCCCCAAAGGAAACUUGGGUCCCCAAGGAGAACCAGGACCUCCAGGUCAGCAGGGAACCCCAGGAACUCAGGGAAUGCCAGGACCUCAGGGAGCCCUCGGACCUCCAGGAGAGAAAGGUCCCACAGGAAAACCAGGUCUCCCAGGAAUGCCCGGUGCUGACGGACCUCCUGGUCACCCCGGGAAGGAGGGGCCUGCUGGCACCAAAGGAAACCACGGUCCCAACGGUCCUCAGGGUGCUAUCGGCUAUCCUGGCCCUCGUGGCAUCAAGGGAGGUCAGGGAAUCCGUGGGCUGAAGGGACACAAGGGAGAGAAGGGAGAAGAUGGUUUCCCUGGAGUUAAAGGAGAUUUUGGCACCAAGGGAGAGAGGGGAGAGCUCGGAGUACCAGGACCCAGAGGAGAGGACGGUCCAGAGGGGCCGAAGGGUCGCGUCGGACCCCCCGGUGAGCUCGGACCACUCGGACUUGUUGGAGAGAAGGGUAAACUUGGUGUACCUGGACUCCCUGGAUAUCCUGGAAGACAAGGACCUAAGGGAUCCCUCGGAUUCCCAGGUUUCCCUGGUUCAAACGGAGAGAAGGGAACGAGGGGUCUCUCUGGCAAAGCAGGACCAAGAGGACAAAGAGGACCAACGGGCCCCAGAGGACAGAGAGGACCGAGGGGCGCCACCGGGAAACCAGGAGCAAAGGGAACUUCAGGAAGCGAUGGCCCAUCUGGUCCUCUUGGAGAGAGGGGAUUGCCCGGGCCUCAGGGAGCCAACGGUUUCCCCGGACCAAAGGGCCCUCCUGGACCACCAGGAAAGGAUGGGCUGCCUGGACACCCCGGGCAGAGGGGAGAAGUUGGUUUCCAAGGUAAGAUGGGUCCACCUGGGCCUCCUGGAGUCGUUGGACCUCAGGGUCCAUCAGGAGAGACCGGUCCCAUGGGCGAGCGCGGCCACCCCGGACCCCCAGGUCCACCUGGAGAGCAGGGACUUUCUGGUCCCUCAGGAAAGGAGGGCACCAAGGGAGACCCUGGACCCCCAGGAGGCCCCGGAAAAGAUGGGCCCUCAGGACUGAGAGGCUUCCCCGGCGAGAGAGGACUGCCGGGAACCCCUGGAGGUGGAGGACUGAAGGGAAGUGAGGGACCUGCUGGACCACCUGGACCUGCUGGGUCUCCUGGUGAGAGGGGACAAGCUGGUACUGCUGGACCUGUUGGACCUCCUGGCAGACCGGGCCCUCAGGGGCCACCUGGACCCGCCGGAGAGAAGGGAGUUCCUGGUGAGAAAGGACCUAUUGGACCGGCAGGUCGUGACGGAGUGCAGGGUCCCGUGGGUCUGCCUGGCCCCGCCGGAACACCUGGAGUACCCGGAGAGGACGGAGACAAGGGUGAGGUCGGAGAGCAUGGUCAGAAGGGCGCCAAGGGAGGAAAGGGAGAACACGGUCCUCCUGGUCCACCUGGGCCGAUGGGUCCCGUCGGUCAGCCUGGUCCUGCCGGAGCUGAUGGAGAGCUGGGACCCAGGGGCCAGCAGGGGCCUUUUGGAGCCAAAGGUGACGAAGGAUCCAGAGGAUUCCCAGGAGCCCCAGGACCCAUCGGACUGCAGGGAUUGCCGGGACCUCCAGGUGAAAAGGGAGAGACAGGUGACGUCGGACCUCUGGGUCCUCCAGGCCCUCCAGGACCCCGCGGCCCUGCCGGACCCAGCGGAGCUGAUGGUCCUCAAGGUCCUCCUGGUGGUUUGGGUAACCCUGGACCGAUUGGAGAGAAGGGAGAGGCCGGUGAGGCUGGACCACCUGGAAUUGUCGGAGAACCUGGAAAGAAGGGUCCUCGUGGAGAGCGCGGAGAGAAGGGAGAGUCCGGACAACCUGGAACUGCUGGACCUGCUGGAGGACGAGGACGACCCGGAGACGACGGACCCAAAGGAAACCCUGGUCCUGUUGGUUUCCCUGGUGACCCCGGUCCCCCUGGUGAGGUUGGACCCAGAGGUCAAGAUGGCGCCAAGGGAGAGAGAGGAGAAGAUGGCGAAGCUGGAGAAUCUGGCUCCCCUGGACCUCCUGGUGAGAACGGACCUCCCGGCCCCACAGGAAAGAGGGGUCCUGCUGGAACGAGAGGACCAGAGGGACGACAGGGAGAGAAGGGAACCAAGGGAGACUCAGGUGCUGUUGGCCCACCAGGAAAAACCGGCCCCGUUGGCCCCCAGGGGCAACCAGGAAAACCAGGAACAGAAGGUCUCCGAGGACUCCCAGGAUCUGUGGGUGAACAAGGAUCUCCGGGACUUGCUGGACAGAAAGGUCCACCUGGACCCCUGGGACCACCUGGUUUGCCGGGUCUGCGUGGAGACCCCGGUGCCAAGGGAGAGAAGGGACACCCAGGUCUUAUCGGCCUCAUCGGACCCCCAGGCGAGCAGGGAGAGAAGGGAGACCGAGGUCAGUCCGGGCCUCAGGGAACCUCCGGAACCAAAGGAGAGACCGGAAUGGCUGGAGGCUCCGGACCCAUCGGACCUGCUGGUCCUCCUGGUCUGCCUGGUCCUCAAGGUAUCAAAGGAGCUAAGGGUUCUUCUGGAGGAGCUGGUCCAAAGGGAGAAAAGGGUGUGCAGGGACCUCCUGGACCUCCUGGCCCACCAGGUGAGGUCAUUCAGCCUCUGCCCAUCCAGAGGAGUCCCAAGUCCAAGCGCUCCAUCGACGCCAGCCAGCUGCUCCCCGAGUCCGACCCCGACAUGCCUGCGUCUGACGCGGCUGGCACCGAGUUCCUGAUCGGCAGUGAAGGCAUGGAGGAGAUCUUCGGCUCGCUCAACUCACUUCGCCAGGAGAUCGAGACCAUGCGUUUCCCUCUGGGCACCCAGGACAGCCCCGCCCGCACCUGCCAGGACCUGCACCUCAGCCAGCCGGACCUCAAAGACGGAGAAUACUGGAUCGACCCCAACCAGGGCUGCUCCAGAGACUCCUUCAAGGUCUUCUGUAAUUUCACCAACGGAGCAGAGACGUGUCUGUAUCCCAGCAAGAGCCUCAACACGGUGAAGAUGAGCUCCUGGGACAAAGAGACUCCAGGAUCCUGGUACAGUCAGUUCUCCACUGGCACUAAGUUCUCAUACGUGGACUCUAAUGGCCAAAGGGUGGGUGUGGUCCAGCUGGGCUUCCUGCGUCUCCUGAGCGUCCAGGCCCACCAGAACGUCACCUACCACUGCCACCGCUCCGUGGCCUGGGCCGACCAGAGCGCCAAGAACAACUACGACCGGGCGCUGCACCUGAAGGGCGCCAACGAGGAGGAGCUGAGCUACGAGACCAACCCUUACAUCAAAGCCUUGGUCGACGGCUGUUCU